AUGCCAAAGUGUGAAAACAAAGAUCUGUCACACUGCUUGAAGAGGAACUCCAGAACUUCCAGCUCUGAGCGGAUGAAAGCUUUAAACAGGUUUCAUUCAUUCCGUCUAAACCUGCGUCGACCCAGACGAUCCAACCCCUCUACAGCACACUCCAACAUUGAGCUGGUUACCCCGAAAGUGAAGGACCGCACACAGAAUGUGACAGAGAAGGUCACACAGGUACUGUCUUUAGGUGCUGAUGUCUUGCCUGAGUACAAGCUCCAGGCUCCAGACAUCCACAAGUGGAUCAUGCUGCACUACAGUCCGUUCAAAGCCAUAUGGGACUGGGUCAUCCUUCUGCUAGUGCUCUACACUGCUGUCUUCACUCCCUAUUCAGCUGCUUUCCUCCUCAAUGAACUCGAGGAAGAGAGGAGACAGACCUGCGGGUACACCUGUAACCCUUUAAACGUGGUAGACGUGAUAGUGGACGUUUUGUUCAUCGCAGACAUUGUGAUUACCUUCAGAACGACAUACGUGAAUCAUAAUGAUGAGGUGGUGACCCAUCCCAAGCGCAUCGCUAUACAUUAUAUCAAAGGCUGGUUUCUCAUCGACAUGGUGGCUGCGAUUCCUUUCGAUCUGCUCAUCUUCAGGUCUGGAUCAGAUGAGACAACAGCCACACUGAUUGGCCUGCUGAAGACAGCCCGUCUGCUCCGGUUGGUCCGUGUAGCGAGAAAAUUAGAUCGAUAUUCAGAGUAUGGAGCUGCAGUCCUCUUUUUGCUUAUGUGCACCUUUGUGCUGAUCGCUCAUUGGUUGGCAUGUAUCUGGUAUGCCAUUGGCCACGUAGAGAGGCCAUACAUGAAGACAGGCUGGCUGGAUAACCUGGCCGAUCAACUGGGGAAACAUUACAACGACAGCGAUGCCAGCUCAGGACCCUCCAUUCAGGAUAAAUACAUCACUGCGCUCUAUUUCACCUUCAGCAGUUUAACCAGCGUGGGCUUUGGGAAUGUCUCUCCAAACACCAACUCUGAGAAGAUUUUCUCCAUCUGCGUCAUGUUUAUUGGCUCUCUCAUGUAUGCCAGCAUAUUUGGGAAUGUUUCAGCAAUAAUUCAGAGGCUUUAUUCGGGAACAACUCGCUAUCACACCCAGAUGCUGCGGGUUAAAGAAUUCAUCCGCUUUCAUCAGAUACCCGGAGGUCUGAGGCAGAGACUUGAGGAGUAUUUCCAACACGCCUGGUCUUACACUAAUGGCAUUGAUAUGAACGCAGUCCUGAAAGGGUUUCCAGAGUGUUUGCAAGCUGAUAUUUGCCUGCAUCUGAAUCGUAGUCUGCUUCAGAACUGUAAGGUGUUUCGUGGGGCGAGUAAAGCAUGUCUGAGAGCGCUCGCCGUACGCUUUAGAAGCACUCACGCCCCGCCAGGAGACGCUCUUUACCAUCAGGGCGACAUGCUAAGAGCCCUCCACUUCAUCUCCCGUGGCUCCAUUCAAGUGUCCCAACAUAACAUUGUGCUGGCCAUUCUGGGAAAGAAUGACGUCUUUGGCGAGCCUGUAAAUCUCUAUGCAGAACCUGGUCACAGUAAUGCUGAUGUAACUGCACUGACCUACUGUGACCUUCAUCGUAUUCAAAGAGAUGACCUUCUGGAGGUGCUGGAUAUGUACCCUACUUUUGGAGAGAGCUUCUGGAGGAACCUGGAAAUCACCUUUAACCUGCGAGAUGUUGAACAAAUGAUGCCAAGUGAAAGUUUGGAGUGCAGCUACCAUGCAAGACACCGUCAAAACUCACUAGACAGACGCAACAGGCCUGAUGGCAUGGACCAGAAUGACUCGUCUCUGCUGUGUUCUGCUCUGGGUCUUCAUCAUCAUCAUCGUCCUGCAGCUGCUCACAUGCACUGGGAGGAUCUGUGCAGCUGCUCUACUCUGCAGUCCAGUGAAAACCUCAGCCACUGUGAGCUGUGCACCUCUGACACAGACCAUCUGGACUACCCUUCUCCUGCUGGCAGACUCAUUCCACCCAGCGCCUCCGGGGGCAGCAGAGAGAUCGGUGUGGAAAUGGACCACUUGGCUCGUCCUCCAUCUGGACUGUACCAUUACUGGCCUGACCCCCACACAGCUCAUUUCAGUGAUCAGCCUAUGCGACCUCCAUCUAUCCAGACCUCAUUCACUCCGCAGAUCUUUGCAGAUCAUCAACCCGGUGAAGUGGAGUCCAGACUGGAGGUCCUGCAGAGUCAGCUCAACAGGCUGGAGACGAGAAUGACUGCAGACAUCAAUGUGAUCCUUCAGCUUCUCCAGCGACAGAUGGCUCCUGUUCCUCCAGCAUACAGCACAGUUUUACCUGACAGACACCCUCCUGACCCCACGGCCCUGUACAGAAACAACACACCGGUGCUUCACAGCCUCUACCCAAUCCCAAACAUUCAGCUGGACACAAACACUGCCAUUCAGAGUUCAGCCCAGCCUGAAUCCAUGUUCAAGUCAAAUUCCCAGGGUUCUCUGUCCAGUGGAGUUCACAUGGGAGCUGUGUCAGACGACUGCGUACCUGAAACUACCAGUGUUUCAAGCCCAGCACUUCAGCCCGCUCUGAUGGAGGCUCCGCGGCUCUGCAUGUCCCUCCGCUUUCCCUCAUUACCUGGAAAACUGGACACUUCAUCGCAUUCAGAAGACCCUCAGAAACACAUGUCUGAUCCUGCAUUACCGGUUAGCUAA